AUGGACACAACCCGCCGAUACCACGCCUUUGGCUUUUUCCUAUUAACCGUGCCUCUGGGUUUGGGGUUUUUUUGCCUUUUAACUAGGUGUCGGUGCCCGAGCCAUUGCCACACAUAUUCCCAAGUCCCUGAACGGCCUACCCUGGGAAAUACAGACUAUGCAUUUGAGAUGGCCAUUUCGAACAUCCGCUAUGGAGAAGGAGUUACUAAAGAGAUCGGCAUGGACCUGCAGAACCUUGGUGCUAGAAGAGUUUGUUUGAUGACAGACAAAAACCUUUCCCAACUCCCUCCUGUAAAUGCCGUACUGAAUUCCUUGGCAAAAUGUGGUAUAAACUUUCAGAUGUAUGAUAACGUCCGGGUGGAGCCAACAGACCAAAGUUUCCUGGAUGCCAUUACAUUUGCUAAAAAGGGAGAGUUUGAUGCCUAUGUUGCUGUUGGAGGUGGGUCUGUAAUAGACACCUGUAAAGCUGCCAACUUGUAUGCGUCUAGCCCUACAUCAGACUUCUUGGAUUAUGUCAAUGCUCCUAUUGGGAAAGGGAAGCCUGUCACUGUGCCCCUCAAACCACUUAUUGCAGUUCCUACGACAGCUGGAACUGGAAGUGAAACCACUGGUGUUGCCAUUUUUGACUUCAAAGAACUAAAAGUAAAAACCGGUAUUGCUUCAAGAGCCAUUAAGCCAACAUUAGGCAUUGUUGAUCCUUUACACACACUGUCUAUGCCUGAGCGAAUAGUGGCCAACAGUGGCUUUGAUGUGCUUUGCAGGGCAGUAAAAUGGAGCUUUCCCACUUAAAUAAUUCAUUUUUUUAGCAGUCCCUGCCCUUCAAAUCCAAUUGACCGACCAGCUUACCAAGGCAGCAACCCCAUCAGUGAUGUCUGGGCUCUUCAUGCUCUGCGCAUUGUGGCUAAAUAUUUGAAAAGAGCCAUCAGGAACCCUGAAGACCGUGAAGCAAGAGCCAACAUGCACCUAGCAAGUGCUUUUGCUGGUAUUGGCUUUGGCAAUGCUGGUGUUCAUCUCUGCCAUGGAAUGUCUUACCCUAUUUCUGGUUUGGUGAAAACUUAUAAACCAAAGGAUUAUAAUGUGGAUCACUCUUUAGUGCCACAUGGCCUUUCUGUGGUGCUGACAUCACCAGCAGUGUUUGCUUUCACAGCACAGAUACGUCCUGAGCGGCACUUGGAAGCUGCAGAGAUACUAGGAGCUGACAUCCGCACUGCCAGAAUCAAAGAUGCGGGGUUUAUUUUGGCAGACACACUCCGGAAAUUCCUGUUUGAUCUGAAUGUUGAUGAUGGCUUAGCUGCAAUUGGUUAUUCUAAAGCAGACAUCCCUGCGUUAGUCAAAGGCACUCUGCCUCAGGAGCGAGUGACUAAACUAUCACCACGUCCCCAAACAGAAGAAGACUUAUCUGCCCUCUUUGAGGCUUCCAUGAAACUUUAUUAGCUUGAACAUUUUGUUCCGAAGUGUGCUCUAUUCUAACACAAAGAUCUAUAUGAAGCGUUCAUAGGAGGAGCAGAACCAGAGCAAAGCAUGGCUACAGGCUCAACAGGGAACCAGGUUAACAGCAAGACAUCACUCAUCAUGGUCAGUUUGUCUCUGUGAAGGCAACAGCUCCCUUUCCUGCUGCUGAUGUUCUGUGGAAAGAAGCGAUCAGCUCUGUAUCUUGCUCUUCUGUGAAGCAAUUGCUUCUGCUGAGCUCCUGCAGGUGCUGUCACUCAGAGCGCAGCCACCAGCUUAGGGAAGUGGCAGUGUGCUGUGGUUCAAUAUUAAAAAGUGGUGGUGUAGCAUAUGGCUGCACAGUGCCCCACUGGGAGCACUGGUUAAAUGUGGGAAUGAGUGUGCACGUUCAGAGCAGUUAACCAGCUGGUUGACUGUCAACUGAGAAAGGGAAGUGGGAAAGGGAGAAAUGAAACUAAAAUUUUAAUACUAUUUUUCUUUUUUUAUAAAGUGCACAUGGUUGUGUGUACAGUUCAUUUAAAUCAGAAUCUGCUUCAUGUGGGACCCUUUCAGUAUCUGAUUCAUGCAGCUACCACAGCAUAAGACAAACGUGACAAGAGCCCCAUAACUUCUGACAUGCUUAUUUCUUUCUGCUAGGGAGGGAGCACUUUUCAGUCACCCAGUUGAAGUAGGAGGCUCUAUACUUACACCUUUGCAUUCUUGUGUUUGGCUGAUAAAACUAGUGCUGUCCUGAAAUCUUGAGGACGGAUGUCUACUGGGUAUUGACAUUGGACCUGUUUUAAUGCUAAGUUAAAAUGGGUGGGUGGAUACUGGUUGAAGACUGGAGAUUUUCUUUUUAACCACAGAAUGGGUUUAGUGGCUGUAGGGAUGGUACUGCCAGUAUGCCUCAGCCUGUGCUGGGACACACAUUUGAUUUCCAUGUCCUUCUGAGUCUUGUCCUCUUCUGAAAUCGCCCACAAGAACCUCCAUCACGAAGGCUAAUGUUGUAAUAGCAAGGGGUGGGGGGUUCACUUUAUCAUAUUGUGCAAAGCUGCCAUGUUUGAAAAAAAACUUUUUGUCAACCCUUUUUGUAUAUCAUCUUUUGGCCUAUUUCAUCUUUCCACUCCUGCCUUUCUCCAGGCUGUGGUAGCAGUACAGAGUCCUGAAGAGAGAAUCUUCUUUCCAGGAACCUAAUUCAUGGCAGGCAUGCUGUGUUUGGGGAGAAUGUACUUUCUGGGGAACUAAACAGCACACGGGUUUCAUCACUGCAGCAGAGCACUUUGAUGGGCCAGUUAGGAAUGUAGGGUAUUUCCUUACAGCACACUUUUUAUUUGCCAUUUAUGCCAGUAUGGCAGUUACUAGCAGGCUGCAUUUUCAACUGACAGAACCUUGCACUUAACUUCCUAUACCAGGUAACCCGGAGCUCUUGCUAGUUUUUAAGUUAAGCUUCCCCCCUACCCCGAUAUAGUAGGUUUUAUCCAUAUUUCAUGGAUGAGACAAAGGGUUUGAUAUAAUGCUUAACCCAACAUAAGCAGAUGGUGCUGUAAGAAGGGCCAUUUCUCUUUCCCACCCCACUUUGGCAGCAUCGGGGUCUUUGACUGGCUUAAACUGGUUGUGAAAUCCCACUUAUUGGACAUCAGCUACACAAACAUUCUCCCACCACCAAUCAUUAGUUACUAGUGGAAAUUUUCUGAGGAAAAUUCAAGGGAGCUCAAGCCACCCCACAGUGCUGUCUUUCAAAGAGUGAAUGGUGUGACAGGGAGUCAUUCCCUGGCUCCCAGAGAGUGGUAGUUUUAUUCACAACUGAUGAGUUACCAGGGGUUUUCAUGUAUUAUCUUAGUAAAUUACACUCUGCUGAGAAAACCUAUUUGGUUAAAUAUGUCUGUAUCUUUGAACACGCCUGUUUUGUGCACAUGAGCCUGG